AUGGCUUCCUACAACCAUAUAUCCCAAGAGCCCGACUCCAACACUUUAUCCGACUCCCGUCCUUCCAACAGUAGUCAAUCGUUACGAAUACACCUUGAUUACCUCCGCAUUUACUACCUCGCAGCCGUCGUCUGUGCCGGCGGUCUGCUCUUUGGCUAUGACUCUGGAGGCGUCCUCACGUUCCCUUCCUUCGCAGACUUCUUCUACCCCAGCGCCAGCACCAACCAAAGUGAGACAGAUAUCAGCGCACUCGCCGUAGCCACCCAGCAAGCUGGCGCACUCCUAGGCUGUCUGGUCAUUUGGCCGGUGACAAACUCUGUCGGCCGCCGAAAAGCACUAGCCCUCUGCUCCCUCACCUUCUGCAUCGGCGUGCUUUUCGAAAUCCUCACCCUCCAUUCCCUUGCGCUCUUCUACACCGGCCGUAUCAUCGCCGGCCUCGGCGUCGGCGGUUCCACGACCGUCGCGCCAAUAUACCUCGCCGAGAUGAGUCCUCCUCAUCUCCGCGGCAGACUGGGCAGUGGGUACCAGUUUACCUUUACAAUCGGUAUCUUCGCGAGCUACUGGAUAGAUUAUGCGUUUCGGCUGCUGGUGGAUGACGCGAACUCGGCGCAGUGGCGGGUUCCACUUGCCCUGCAGCUUGUUCCUGGUGUUCUGAUGGGUGCAGGCGUACUGAGUCUCCCGGAGAGCGUGCGGUGGCUCCUUGGUCGAGGAGAAACACAUACGCAUGAGGCAUGGAACAGUCUUGUUUGGGUUCGAGGCAGUGAUCAAGGAGGCCGCGUGGGUGACGAAUUCGCCGACAUGAAACGCGCUGUGCACCGCGAUACAGAAGAAUCAGCCGACUUUCACCCGCGCGAGCUUCUCCUCCGUCCGAACCGCCAUCGCAUCUUCCUCGCUGUGUCCCUGUUUAUCGCGCAGCAGGCCACAGGCGCAACGGCAAUGGCGUACUUUGGACCUCAGUUUUUCAGCAUUUUAGUUAACCCAAACCCUCAGCCCUCCGAAGCAGCAUCAGCAUCAUCCAAUUCCUUAACUCUCCUCUUAACAGGAAUCUUUGGCGCCCUUAAGGUCCUCAGCUGCCUAUCAUUUAUCCUUUUUAUUGCAGACCGCUUCGGCCGCCGACCACUUCUCAUAUUUGGGGCUCUGGGAAUGGCAUUCUGCAUGAUUGCAACUUCUGUUCUUGUACAUUCAAUGCCUAUUCAGGACCAAAAUCCCUCAUCCACCAUAUCAGCAAAGUCCCUAACAACAAUCCUCCUAAUAUACCUCUUUAUUGUGAUCUACAACACAUCCUGGGGUCCGCUUCCCUGGCCGCUCGUCGCAGAGCUCUUCCCGACCCGGACACGCUCAAGCGGAGUGGCCCUCGCAGUUGCAAGCCAGUGGGCGAGUAACCUCGUAUGGUCAUUUGCGACCCCGUUUAUACUGAGGGAUGUGGGUGCAAAUACUUUUUUGCUGUUUGGAGGCGUCUGUGUGGGGGCUGCGGGAUUCGUUAGACUUUGUGUGCCGGAAACGAGGGGGUUAAGCCUUGAGGAGGUGCAAGGGUUGUUCGAAGAGGUUGGUGGGGGGGUUGAGGUUGCGCAUAGAGAUGGGGGAAGAGAUGAUGGGGCCGAGUGGGAGCGUCUUGUCGGCGGGAGUGAGGGUGGUGGGACUGAUUAUCAUGGGGAGGGUUCUUUAGGUGUGAACGAUGAGGACGGGAAAUGA